AUGUCUCAAUUUACCGACAAGGAAAAUCUUUACAAUGGAAUUAACAACGUUCAUAUUAAGUCCCCAGUUAAAAACGUUUUGGCUGCCCGCAACGGAAAUGUAACUGAGGACAAAAUGGAUGUUGAAAAAGAAGUAACAAAAGUAGCUACUUUUGAUCCACAAUUAGAGCCACUACUGCGAGAGAACCCUCGUCGUUUUGUUAUAUUUCCCAUUCAAUAUCCAGACAUCUGGCAAAUGUAUAAAAAGGCUGAAGCCUCAUUUUGGACAGUGGAAGAAGUAGAUUUGUCUAAGGAUUUAUCUGAUUGGGAAAAUUUAAAAGAUUGCGAGAAACAUUUCAUCAAACACGUCCUAGCAUUUUUUGCUGCCUCGGAUGGAAUAGUUAACGAAAAUCUAGUUGAACGUUUUUCGCAAGAAGUUCAAGUUACUGAGGCAAGAUGCUUUUAUGGAUUUCAAAUUGCAAUGGAGAAUGUGCACUCAGAAAUGUAUUCAUUGCUAAUUGACACAUACAUCAGAGACCCCAAAGAGAGAGAUUUCUUGUUCAAUGCAAUAGAGACUUUGCCCUGCAUAAAAAAGAAGGCUGACUGGGCUCUGCAGUGGAUUGCUAGCAAGUCUGCUACAUUUGGUGAGAGGAUAGUAGCAUUUGCAGCUGUAGAAGGAAUAUUCUUUUCAGGCAGUUUUGCAUCAAUAUUCUGGCUUAAAAAGCGUGGCUUGAUGCCAGGCCUGACCUUCAGCAAUGAGCUUAUCUCUAGGGAUGAGGGAUUGCAUACAGAUUUCGCUUGCUUGAUGUUCAAACAUCUGGUUCAAAAACCGAGCAAGGAUUGUGUACUGCAAAUUAUUAAAGAUGCAGUUGUCAUUGAGCAGGAGUUUCUUACAGACGCCUUACCAGUUAGACUGUUGGGAAUGAAUUGUGAACUUAUGUCUGAAUAUAUCGAGUUUGUUGCUGAUCGACUACUGGUGGAUCUGAUAGGAGAAAAGCAUUACAAUACAAAGAAUCCAUUUGAUUUCAUGAAUCUGAUUUCCCUGGAAGGCAAAACCAACUUCUUUGAAAAGAAAGUUGGAGAGUACCAGAAGUGGGGGGUGAUGUCUAAUCGCAUGGAUAAUGUAUUUACAUUGGAUGCAGAGUUC